AGGCCGCGGCGCGAGCAGCGGGGCCUCACACAACUAGAAAAACCGUGUGACACGAGAUAACGGGAAGGCAUAGCGAGGAAACACCGGACGACCGCGCCCCGGUUCCCACAGCAACGACUGAACAAACUAGAACAGGCUGACGGUUGAAGAAAAAGACACACACAGUCGUGCAUGUGGACAGCGGUUUGUAGACACUAGCUAACCAUCGUUAGCAGAGCAGGGUUAGCAGGCUAGCCCGCUUUUGUAAUCCGCCGGCCAGACACAUAUUCGUCCACCACAAACCACGCCGAAAUUGGAUCAGACUUCAAGCCGCACAACAGCCGUACAGACAAAGGAAGCACCGGCGGUGGCAGGAGGCUGGUUCUGGGGGCGAGGCCAAAGGACCAGACUCAAUGAGUUUACAUCGAAAUGUCAGAGAAGUCAGGGCAAAGCACCAAGGCAAAGGAUGGCAAAACAAAAUAUGCAACCCUUAGCCUCUUUAACACCUACAAGGGCAAAUCUUUGGAAACCCAGAAAACUGCAGUUGCUGCUAGACAUGGGCUCCAAAGUCUGGGCAAAGUUGCUGCUAGCCGACGCAUGCCCCCUCCGGCCAACCUGCCCAGUCUGAAGGCAGAGAACAAGGGAAACGACCCCAACGUCAACAUUGUCCCUAAAGACGGAAGUGGCUGGGCAUCUCGACCAGAAGGAGGGGAGGAGAGGCAACAGGAGACGCCCCCACCCCAGAUCAAACCACCGGUUGUCCCGCCUCCAGAGCCUUCUAUUGUGGGCAGCCGCUCCUGGGCCAGCAGCAAGCAGACACCAAUAGAAGGAGCUCCUCGUGUGAGUAGCCAUUUUCAUCAGGAGUUUCCUAGUUUGCAGGCAGCUGGCGAGGGGGAGAAGGAGGAUGGUCCAGAAGAGGAGCCUUAUGGACCGGGACCUAGCCUCAGACCUCAAAAUGUUGGCAGUUGGCGUGAGGGCGGAGGCAGGAAUUUGAUCACUGCACCCAGCCCCUCUGAGAUGGACAACAGGCCUCUGGAGGAGGGUGUAACAUGCCCUGAUACCUCUACGCCUCCAGGGGAAGCUGAAGAGACUGGGCGAACAGUAACUACUGAUGCUCAGAGGGAGAAAAGGGAUGGCAGGGAGAAGGUGCCCCCCUCUGCCCCCGCCCCUCAGCCUAAACUCAAUGGGGGGCAACAGCCUCCUGCUGGGGUACCAACACACUUUGACCCUGCUUUUAGGAGCAUGAUGCCACCUUAUAUGUUCCAUGCAUAUCCUCAAAUGACUUUUGCCCCAGGUCAAGGAAACGUCAGAUACCCUGUACCACAAGAUGGAGCAAAGGGUCCCCGUUCACGACCCCAGCAGGCUCCCCCUAAGGCCUGGCUCCAGGACCCAGACAGACCCUCCAUCAUCAGCGCAACUGAACUUAAAGAGCUGGACAACUUGGACACGGAUACUGACGAGGGCUGGGCAGGAGCCCAGAUGGAGGUGGACUACACCGAGAAACUAAACUUCAGCGAUGAUGAGGAGAACCAAGCUAAUAAAGAAAAAAGAGAAGACUGGGAAUGGAUGGGUAAAGUGGAACGUAUGAGAUCUCGGCCACCAGAUGGUCAAGAGAGCUGGAAGGAGGGUACCGAAGAGCGCAAAAUCCCAUGGGCUGAUGGUGAUCCCAGAGCGCCAUCCCCUGGCAGUAUGGGGCAGUACAAGUCAGCUGCACCGCAGGACUACCAGGGUGGCAGUCGUUCUAUUGUAAGCGGAGCUCCACGUGCAACCAAACCAACGGCUGCAGCUGCACCUGGUGCUGAUGAGGAUCCUGAGGCCUGGCGUCAAAAGCGCAAGAAGCCUCAAGAAGUUUCUGAAGCUGUAGAACGAGCUAGGAAGCGAAGAGAAGAAGAAGAACGGCGGAUGGAAGAGCAACGGCUCGCUGCUUGUGCUGAAAAACUGAAACGUCUCAAUGAAAAACACCGCCAGGCAACCGAGGGCAAACCAGCCCUUUCUCAGACCACCGAUGAAGAAGCAGUAGAUGCAGAGGAAGAAGAGUCCUUAUCUGCUCCUGCUCCAGUAUCCAGUCCUGUACCCUCGAUUCCAGUUUCACAACCACCCGCUCCAAUCAUGCAAGCGCCUCCACCUGAAAAGGUGGAUCAGGAUGGGGAGAUGAUGGAGCGAGAACACGAGCGAGUGGAACCAGUUGUAGAGGAGGAGGUUCACCUGCCCCUUCAGCCCAGUCCCCCGAUUCAGAGACCUCUGGCCGUGGCUCCUGAGCCUCAGAGCGAGGGAGAGAGCUCCUCGGUUGAGGUUGGCACUCUGAUGGAUGAGAACCAGGUGGACAGAGCAGUGCCUAUUCGAGACUAUUUCAACUUGGAGGACAACAGAGAUCCUAAUGCGAUUGGUUUGUUGCCUGCAGUGGAUGAGCCCCACCUGUCUCCACCUCACAUGGACCUCCCCAGUAAUGAGGAAGUCUCUAUGGUACCACCACAACUCGAAGGAGAGGCAGCAGCUGCUCUGCGUCCCUCUCUGACCUCCGGCUAUUCCAAACAGUUUCAAAAGUCUUUGCCUCCUCGUUUCCUCAGACAGCAGGAGCAGAUGAAGCAGCAACAAUGGCAUCAACAGCAACACCAGAGUGGAGGCUCUGUGUCCCCAUCAGGUGGUGGGGGAGGUGGUGUCCCAGCUCCCCAACAACAACAACAACAACAACAACAGCAGCAACAGCAGCAACACCGCUCGAUGUAUCAACCCAUCGGCCCCCACCACCAACACCUGGCCUCCAUGGGCUUUGACCCCCGCUGGCUCAUGAUGCAGUCCUACAUGGACCCUCGCAUUGCAAUGUCAGGGCGUCCUCCCAUGGACAUGCCAACUAACAUUCACCCAGGGAGGAUGCCUCCUAAGCAGAUCGUUCGCAGAGAACCCGGGGACAACUCCAGCUCCAGCUCUGACUCCUUUGACCAUUUGACCCGACCAAUUCGUGACCAUGGCCUGCCGUCAGACUCACGGAUGGUAUGGGGAUCGGAACCGUACCCGCAAUCAGAGCCUUUACCCUCUGUAACUCCUCCAAAAGGACGAGAUGAUAACAAGGAGACGAGGAUGGACUCUGGUUUGGAUCUGGACAGGGGUCUAACAGCUAUGUUUCCCCAGGACCACACUGUAUUGGACUCUCACAAAAGUAACUUCUUCCAGGACCCUACAGAGUCCCUGUCAGCAUUUACCCAGGGACCAGAGGAUGUAUCGGGACCUCUAGACAGGGUUCCUGUGGGCUCAGCCUUUGAUUCGGAGGAAGCAGGCCUCCCCAGUGGGGAAGAGGUAGAAGCUCUCGGCCAGGCGAUGUUGCAGAGGAGCGUCUCCAACGGCUCCAGCCACUCCCUCAAGCUGGAUGAGCCCAGGUUUGAUGGGCUGUCCCUGGGAACAAAUUCUCUAGACAUUCAGGACUCAGCAGAACGGGCUGAUGAUAAGCCUCAGAAUGAACUCUACCCCCAGGCUGCGUUGACUAGCAACAGGUCCACACCUCCUGCUGAUGGAUUACACAAACAAGAGAAACUGCCUUUGCCAGCUUCGAACAAGCAGAAAGCUGAGCUGCGCUGGGGCGGGAGAUCAGGGGCCGGACGCAGAGAAGGACAAGGUGGAGAGAGACCUCUCCGCAGGUCUGGCCCAAUAAAGAAGCCUGUCCUUAGGGACAUGAAAGAAGAGCGAGAGCAAAGAGAAGAGAGAGAGAAGCGCCACGAGAGAGGGGAGAGAGGUGAGAGAGGAGACCGGUCCAAAAAGGAUCAGCCAUCCAAAGCUCCGUCUGCAGCUGCAGCUGUGUCUGAGGGCUCCAGAUCUCAGGCGGAGGGGAAGAGAGACGCUGCCGAGGCUGAGGAAAUGCAGACUGGCCAUCAAAGAGUCAGAGACUCUCAGCCUUCAUCGGGGGUUCCCACCUCUUCCUCUCAGGAGGAGAAAGCAGACAAACCGCCCAGCAAUGACCAACAGCCAGAACCCAAACUGCCCUCCAGGAAAGAGUCCAGUCUUCCUCCACGUUCAUACCGGCGAGAGGAGAGAGAGCGGGAACGUGAGAGGGAGAAGGAUAUAGACAGAGAUCGAGACAGAGACAGGGACAGAGAGUGGCCUGCUGACUCAAGUUUCAAAGCACGUGGUCGAGGGGAGUAUUACUCCAGAGGAAGGAGCUACCGGGGGACGUACAGUGGCCGAAACAGGGGGGGUCGUGGUCGAAGCCGGGCAGAGUACAAUUACAGAGAGCCCCGAUCACGCUCAGAUUUACCUUGUGUUGGAGGCGCUGCUGCGUUACGCAACAGGGAAGAAAGCGAAACACGCAGCGAGAGCUCGGACUUUGAGGUGAUACCAAAACGUAGACGGCGCCGUGGUUCAGACACAGAUUCUGAGAGUGAAGGUGGUAGAGAGUCUGCCAGUGAUACCGGACCCUCUGAUCGUGAGCCUAGUACCAAACCUAGCCGUCCAUUGAGGCGAGAGCUCCCUGGGGAGGCCCGGUCUGGGCCCCACAAGCCAGGUUUUGGACCUCCUCACAUGGGGGACAGGGUUGGUCCCAGAGGGGACGAUGAGAGCAGACCCAAGCCAGGAUUCCUUCCUAAGGGAGAGCCUUCACGACGAGGAAGAGGAGGACUUUACAGUAGACGCGGUGGAACAAGGGAACGUGGGGGUCCUCGCCCGGGCCCUCUUAGACGGCCAGGUGCUAGAGAGUCCUCCUCUCAGUGGCCCUCUAAACCCAUGGAGACAUUCAGGCCGGAGGACACAGAGUCCACACAAAGAUAUGACAAUCCUGCUGCGGACCGACGGCCCCCUAGGUCUGAUGGCAAGAAAUUUGUGGAAGGGGCUCCUCAGAGUAGUAGAGAAAGACCACGGCGUUCCAGACCAGCACGGCCCCCCAGGCAAGAUAAACCCCCCCGCUUUAGGCGCUUGAAGGAACGGGAGGCUGCAGUGUUAGCUAAUGGAGAAACGGCCCCAGGUCCCUCUGUCCCUCUACUUCCAGUGCCUGCUGCUGCUGUCCCCAGCUCUUUUCCUGCCCAAGUAUCCCACUCCCCAACCCUGUCCAGGGCCCCAGGGACCCCUGUAACUGUGCCUGCAGAUUUGGCCGCCACUAUGCCUGCACCUGACUUGUCCUCCUCUAUGGAAGCACCCUUGCCUGACACCAGCAGUCCCACCAUCACUGCAGUCGGUACCAAAUCCCCUGACCUGUCCAACCAGAACUCUUCAGAUCAAGCCAAUGAGGAAUGGGAAACCGCCUCUGAGAGCAGUGACUUCAACGAGAGGAGGGAGCGAGAAGAAAGGAAAGGAGCUCUUGAGGCUGCUCAUGAAGCAGCCACUGCCUCUGCCCCGGCACCUGCACCCCCUCAGGGCUCCAUGACCCCCAACAGAAGCCCCCCUGAUGGACGGGUGACUCCAAAACGUGAAGGGGCUCCCGCAGCCAAGAGGAGUUUCUCAAAUCAAAGGCCUACAGAGAGACAGAAUCGUAGAGGCAACAGUGGAGCCAAACCAGUGCGGAGCUAUGCAGGAGGCAAGGGGGAGAGAAGGGGAGGGGCAAAAGCCGGCCGCAAAGGCCCUGCAGCCCAGCAGAACCCAGAUGGGACAUCACAAGCACCCGGAGGAGCAUCACAGAGGCCUUCUAAAGACCCGUCUGGCCGUCGUAAAGAUGAUGCCAAACAGGCCGCCAAGAAGCCCAAAGAGAACGCUCUUUCUCAGUUUGAUCUUAACAAUUAUGCCAGUGUUGUGAUCAUCGAUGACCAUCCUGAGGUCACCACCACGGAGGACCCACAAUCGAACACCAACGAUGACGGCUUCACAGAGGUGGUCUCUCGCAAGCAACAGAAACGGCUGCAAGACGAAGAGAAACGGAAAAAGGAAGAACAGACUCCUCAGAACUGGAGUAAAAAGGGCUCUGGUGAGAAGGGCAGAGGAGGCGGAGGAAAGCUGCCACCAAGAUUUGCCAAAAAGCAGUCAUCCUCGCAACAUCAACAGCAGCAGCAACAACAUCAACAACAACAACAGCAGCAGCAGCAGCAGCAGCAGCAGCAGCAGGCCACACAGUCUCAGCCUCCUGUAGCCCCCGCACCACAGGCCCAACAGCAACCCCCCAUUUCUGCUCCCCAGCAUCCUCACCUCACCCCCUCCCAGCCCACUGCAUCCCCGCAGACUCUGGAAGGAGCAGUGGCUCCACUGCCCUCCAUCCCCCCUGCCACUGUGGACUUCACCUCAAAGAGCCUCCCCCCCGCACCUGCACCGACACACAGCACUCUGGGUACUGAGCUGUGGGAGAGCAAGGCAGCGGGCACCGCGGUCCUUCCUGAUGUCAAGAAGCUUGGUCCAAUCAGCCCUCCCCAGCCACCGUCUGUGAGUGCCUGGAACAAACCCCUUACCUCCUUUACUGGCACGGUUUCCUCUGAGGGUAUGAAGCCUGGAUCAGAGGGAGUGGAAAUGGCAAUAGACAGUAUUCAGUUUGGAGCGCCGUCAUCUGCAGGCAGCACCGACAGUGAUGGAGUUCCAACAUUGCUGGAAAAUGUCUCUGACAACAAACUACCCGCUCCCAAAGAACAGAGACAGAAACAACCUCGAGCUGGCCCAAUCAAAACACAGAAGCUUCCUGAAAUGGAACCGGUGGAAACCAAGGAGUACAAGCCAGGUCCCAUUGGUAAAGAGCGCUCAUUAAAGAACCGCAAGGCCAAAGACGCACGUGGAGGAGACGGCGAGGGGAUGGAGGCAGGAGUCCCUGGAGGAGGCGUCAGUAGAGCCACAGACUCCAGUCCUCCCUGCAGUGACAGCACAGUACCAGAGCUGGGAGGAGACAUCGAGGGCAUGAUCACAGUCCCCUCAGCAGAGUACAACAGUAACUCCAAGGAGUCUGUCACCGACUACACCACCCCCUCCUCCUCACUGGCUGACAGUGUUCCUACAGGAGUGAACAAAAUGGAAGAGAGUUUGGUGGCAAAUGUGGCACUACCCCACUCACUGCCCCUUCCUCGGAGAGAGACCCUGCAGCAGAACUCCAGCCUCAGCAAUGUCUCUCCUGCUACUGUGGACCUAACACUAAAGAUGGAAUCGGCUCGUAAGGCAUGGGAGAAUUCCCCGAGUCUGGAGAAGAACUCCCCAGCUACGUCCUCUUCCUCCCCCAUCACUUCCUGUGCAUCCUCUUACUCUACCUUCUCUUCAGCCUCCAUGCCCCAGAUCCCUGUGGCUUCUGUCACCCCCAGCACCUCACUGACAGGUUCUGGUACCUAUACAACGUCAUCCCUCAGCACCAAGACCACCACAGCUUCUGACCCCCCUAACAUCUGUAAGGUGAAGCCCCAGCAGCUGCAGAGUGGCAGUCUGUCCUCCAGCAGCAGCAGUAGCAGCAGCAGCUUCUCUCAGCUGGGCUGUGUGCCUACACUCCUGCCCCAGCAGCAGCAGACCCCCCAGGUGUACGUCUCUCAGUCUGCAGCAGGUUCUGCAGCUCAGAUUCCAGCCUUCUACAUGGACACUAGCCACCUAUUCAGUACCCCCCACCCUCGCUUGGCACCUCCCUCCCUGGCGCAGCAGCAAGGUUUCCAGCCCGGCCUCUCGCAGCCGACAGCAGUGCAGCAGAUUCCAAUCCCCAUCUACGCUCCUCUGCAGGGUCAGCCGCAGCACCAGCACCAGCACCAUAACCAGCACCAUAACCAGCACCAUAAUCAACAUCAUAACCAACACCAACAUCAACACCAACACCAACACCAUAACCAACAUCAACACCAACAUCAGCACCAACACCAACACACGCAUCAGGCUCAGCUGGGACUCAGUGCCGGCCCUCCAGUUUCCCAACCGCAGGACCUGUUCAGCUCCUCACUGCAGCCUUACAGGUCUCAGCAGGCGUUCAUGCAGAGCAGCCUGUCGCAGCCCUCCAUGAUGCUGUCAGGUCCGUCCCUGCACAGCUAUCCCGGCGUGCAGGCGCCUGAGCUGGGCAAGCCUCAGUCUAAUAUGGCCUAUCAGCAGGCCUCAUCCACCCAGCACAUUCCCAUCCUAUUUGAGCCGCAGCUGAACCAGCCCUCUGGCAUGGGUGGCUCCCAGCUCAUCGACACACACCUGCUGCAGACUUAUCUGUCUUUGGUUCAGGCUCGACAGGGGUUGAGUCAGCAUUCAAACAUGUACUCGGGGCAAGUCCAACAGCAUGGCCAGAGCAGUUACUAUAGCAACGCUCAGUCGCCCAGUUCUGCAAUGCAACAGGUGACGGUCCCUCUGUCCAGCUCCCAGCUGUCGUUGUCAAACUUUGGCUCAGGUGGAGGCCAGCCCCUCCUGGCGCUGCCUCCCACUCCUCCCCAGGCACAGCCUCCCAAUAUCAACAGACAGCCCCCCAUCUCCCAGCCAUACCGAGGCCUCAUGGGCCCCAGCCACAGCAUGAUGCAGCCCCCCACCAGCAAGAUGGACAUGGAUCUGAAACUCUUUGGCAGUGGGAUGGAUAUGAAGCCUGGAACACCUCCUAUUGGCGCCAGGAGCACUACACCCACCUCCAGCCAUUACAGGGCCAGCUCCACAUCUCCCAGCAGCCAGUCCAGUAAGAUCAACAGCAUGCUAUACCAGAAGCAGUUUCAGGCGAGCUCUGCCGGCAUGAGAAUGGCACAGCACUUCCCUGGCCAGUUCAACCCACAGAUUUUGUCUCAGCCCAACCUCGUCUCUCCUCUGGUUCGACCUCCCCACGUGAACUCGUUUGCUGGAGGUGUCCAGCGCUCUCCCAUGGGCCCUCCAAUGUCAACCAAUGUGGGUGGGGGUCUCAUGCCCCAUCCCCGACCCCAGCACCCGCAGCAUCCACAGCACCCACAGCAUCCGCAGCAUCCACAGCACCCACAGCACGGCCAGCACCCUCCCCGAGGACCUCCUCCCUCUCUUGCUCCGAGAGGCACACAGGCGGCUAUGAAGGCUGAACAGGAUCUAAAGGCGAAGCAGCGUGCUGAGGUGCUCCAGUCCACUCAUAAGUUCUUCUCUGAGCAGCAGCAACUCAAACCCCCGCAACUCAGCAAAGUGUCUCGGAUUGAUCAGGGGGGGAAACCCCUGCUCGACACCCCUGCCCCGAACCACCAGGCAGUAGUCGACCGCCCUGAAUCUGACAAACCCCCCAUCUCCACGGCCAAGCCCAUACGGACUGGCCCCAUAAAACCGCAGGCCAUCAAACCAGAGGAUGGCAAGUAAAGAGCUGCAGAACCUCUUCAGAUGACAAUAUGAAUGGAUGGAAGAGAGAAUCUAGCCCCAUUCACUCAGUCACCACCUCAUAUCAGCCCCGGGGGACAGUGUGGGGAGGAGGAAGAGUUGAUGGUAGUGGUUACUGAGAGGAGGCACUGUCCUGUGAAUACAUAAUCCUCUUCUUUCUUCUCCUAUCCUGUCCCACUGUAGGUGGCGGCAUUUGAGUUGGAUUCUUCCAUCGUAUUUAGAUGACGAUAAAAUGGCUGCACAAGUGGUUCCAUAGAGAUCUACUGAGACGGUAGAUCAGGGGAGAGUUGUAACGAGAAAAGUGAAAUGAAAUUUGCUGCUGAGUUUGCCAUUUUUUUUAUUUUAUUUUUAUUUUAUAGCUCUUGAUUUUUUUUGUUUCCCCGAUCAAACAUAUUAUAGGAGAAACCUGUUUUGUUAAAGAAAGAAGAACGUUUUGUUUUUGUAGUCGAAACAAUCUGAGGAGAUUUUAGCGAUGCACACUUUGUUGCCCAAUAUCCCAUCAUAACUAAUCAAGUGAUCUGUGCACGUGUAAAUGCCCCUCAUUAUCACACGCACACACUCACUAACGGUUUCAUCCACGGUUACCGCUAAGAGGAUUUCUCGUCUUUUUGUUUUACCAGAGUUAAAAUGUGAAAAUUACAGCAGUUGAUGGAAAUUAAUGAUUGAUUUAUUGAUAAGUCUGCCUGUGAGCCUGCGCUCCUGCCUUCUGCUCUCAUCUCCUUGCCUGAGAAUUACUGAUGUGUGUCAGGUGUGUGUUUGUGGCAUAAACGGGUAAUGCUCGUAGCUGGACUCUCCUGUUUAUUUAGCCAAAGGUUAAAGAGAGAGAUGAUGUCACAGCCUUUUGGGGAUUGCUGUUGCCGUGGCAGCAGAGUUUUUGUUUGAACUCACAGGAUUACAUGGCUAAUGUAUGAUCACUACAUACAGCUGUUCCAGAUUAGGAGCUACUGUCACACACCCUUUCACUGCUUCCUCCCUAUCUUUGCUGUCACACAAACACACACCUAUACACACUUCCCUGUAAAACACGCAGGCCUGCUGCUAUUGACGGAUUUCAGUGCCCUUAGCUAGAGAAUAGCAGGAUAGGGCUUUUUAGAAGAAAAAAAAGAAAAGAUGAGGAGUUGAAACAGUAGAAAACUUAAAGAGUGUGUAUGUCAACCUUCACAAAGAGGGGGACGUUAACAGGACAGAAAAGGAGGGGGAAAAAAAUAUUAAAAAGCCUCAAGUCCAGAAGUGUUUGGGCAGAAGGACACGUAUUGUUUUGUUGUCUUUACUGAUGAGAGCAAUCAGUGCUGUUUUCUGUCUCUGCCUCACCUCCGCUGGCUGUCCACCCACAAUGCUUUCAUCUCGGGGUUGUGGUGACAAGGGUCCUUCAGAAAUGUACAGUAGUAUGCACCCUGAGGUGGGGAGGGCGUCUGCCUCGCCUCUACCCUAGCUGGGGGAAGAGUCCCUCUUUGGAGGAUGAAUGAGGGAGGGAGGGUAAUGAUAUUUUUUCCUCUUUGUUUUUUUUUUUGUACAGGGGUUUCAUCGCUGUAUUAAAAUAUGUACGGUCUUAUUUACAUUCUCUUGGUUUGGUUACAGAAACUAAUAAAAAUAAUAUACUGUUGA